AUGGCACGGCGACGCCGCCCUCCCCGACCCGGCGCCCUGACCGAGUUCCCACCACUAAAAAUCCUCUCCCAAAUCGUGAUACUGCAGAGCAUCUGGUAUGGCGCGGCCACGGCGCUGAUACUGUUCACGGUGCUGGUGGCAGGCAAGAGUUUCAGUGUUGACCUGGUUCUGAGUUGGCGCAGCUUGAGGGGGGAUACAACCGUUGGGUGGAUGUUGGGGUUAGUGUGGUUAUUAAAUUCUUUGUUUGGUGUGAUAUCUAUCCUCUUCUUCAUCACGCGGAGUAAACUGGUCCCCGACUUCGCCCUUACACUCCAUUUCAUACACCUUGUCAUAACAUCCCUAUACUCGCAUUCUAUCCCUACAAACUGGCUAUGGUGGGCGCUGCAAGUUGCCAGCGUGGUUAUGAUGAUUAGCUUGGGGGUUUGGAGUUGUCAGUGGAGAGAGUUGCGGCCUAUUCAUUUUGGAGGUUCGAGUACUGCCCAGGUCACAGAGCACACCACUACCGAAGCACGUGAGGGUGGUGAUGAAGAACAGGGCCAUGGGCGAGGGAGGGGAAGGGGCAGAGGGAGGGAUGGAGCUGGCGAAUAUGAGAUGGUUAGCAUUAAGCCAGAAGCUGAGACCAGCUGA